AAAAGAAAAGACCUCCCGGGGCGUAAAACGGGCCGCGAGACAUCAACGUCAAGCACCAUUAUGUCUCGGAUCCUGGCCAAUUUCUAGCCCUGGCACCUUCGCCGGACCUUCCUGGCCCAACCCCGUUCUGAUCUGACCGACAAGCCCGAAUCUGGGCCGCGUCCACGAGGACUCGCACCCAUCUCGAACCGUUUACCCCGGAUUGCACGCCGCCCGAAGCCACUCGACAAACCUACCAGAUACCACGAUACGAUUGUGGGGUGUGGAAUAAGACUUCCGCCGCAGUAGGCAGCCAAUGCUUCCGACUCAAUUGGCCCUUUCGCCAAGCCCCGAUUCACAAUGGAGGGAGAACCCACCACGCCCAACACCCUGGCUCCGCCGAUUGUUGCGUCGCUGAGGGCUGGCCUCAUGGAGCGGUCACUCAGCGCGGACAUUCGGGAGGAGCGGGAGGACCUCCGAGAGGCAGCCGAACAGACCCUCAAUGUCAUCAUGGACCUCAACCCGGACGGGACCAUCCGAUGGGUCAGUCCCUCGUGGACCGACGUUAUCGGAACCCAGGCCGAGUCCGUAGUUGGCACAUGCAUUGCCGACCUGAUCGUGAGCGACAACACGUCCGUCUUUGCCGACAUUGUCGAGUCCAUGAAGAAGGACGACUCUCGCAGCCAGUUCAUCCGCUUCGCUGUCAAACUCCGUCCGCUGUCGAAGCUGUUUCCUCUCCAAGAAAACCUGGAGGAGCCCGAAGAAUAUGCCGGAGACACUAUCGUUGACCUUGAAGCCCAGGGAAUCAUGGUCUACGAUGGCGCAUCUGGCGGAGAAAGCCAUACAAUGUGGAUGAUUCGGCCGUGGAUAGCGCCGAGAGAGAUCAAAAUCGACCUGCCUCCUGUCAUCGUGGACUCGCUCGGCUCUGGUGCUGAGGUGCUUGCAAGCUACCUUACCCAGCUCGCCGAGUCUGGAGUGGAGGACCCAGCGAAUCAACCACCUCCGCUCCCGCUCCUCUGCCGGAUAUGCGAACGCCAUAUCUCUCCGUGGUGGUUCGAGAAGCACACCGAUCUCUGCCUGCAAGAUCACCGUGCCGAGAUGGACGUGCAAAUGGCGCAGGAGGUCCUGACCGACCACCGGCACGCGAUUGUCAAGGUUCUCGAUGCGUUGGAGGUACGGCGAAGCCGGUCUUUGACUGGAGACCCCAUGUCACUACCCGUCGCCGAGUACAAGGGGAUGCCAAUCGGCCCGCCCUCGUCCUCGGCCUCUUCCCCAGGAACGGCAUCCCCUGCGCCCAGUGCCUCGUCCGGGUCGUCUACAGGUCGAUCGCGGGAGAGCUCGUCCGGCUUCGGCCAUGCCAGAGGCCGCUCGUUCGCGAUACGUCGGCCGCAGGUCAGAAUCGUCGAGCUCCUGCUCGAUCUUUGCGACACCUCCAUUGAGAUCAGCCCCCCAGCCGUCAAAGAAUCGUCGCAGAACCCUGGCGAGUUCCGCACACAGUCUCCCCAGUCCGAAGGCCGGAUCGCACAGGUCAUGCAGUGGGAAACGCCAGGCACAAACACUCUUGAGCAGGAGCACGGCCUUGCUCUGCUCUGCGCCGACACCGAGAAGGUCGCCAAGGCCAAAGUCGAAGCCGUCAUGCGCCACCGGAAGAUUCUUGAAUACGCAGAACGGAUUCGCGUCGAGUUCGCUAUCAUGGUCCAGGACUGCAUCGACGAGGCCGUGCGAAAAGCGGCCAGGAUUGCCGCCGGUCGCCUGAGUGACUCGACUGAGGAUGAAGAGGACAAGCCCACACCGGCCAACGAGGAGGCAUUCUUUGCUGGCUCCUUCGACGCCCCGUCUAGCCUGGCCAUGGCACUGAAGAACGCGAACAUUGAGGAAGAUCCGGACAAGCGACGACUAUCGGGGCCACUAUCGGGGCCUCUUGGAUCCACUCGGUCAAGCAGUCCCAAGGAAUGCCCCACGCCUCGCUCUCAUCGUGGCGCGCUCAGCGCAUUGACGGGUCAAAGCAGGGACUCGAGGCGUGGCUCCAUGCUGUUCGAGAGCGACGCAGGAGAUAGUGACGGCAGCAUGAGGUCGUCUUCUGUUGCCUCCCGGCAGCCUCCUCGCACCGAGUCACCCAUCUCGGAAUUUGGCGAUCUUCGGAGACAGGCCAGCUCGCGUCAACAUCACCGGCGCAGCCUGAUAUUGCCGGGAACCUCGUCCCCUCGUCGUCAAGAAUCCCCCUCUCGGAUGGGCCAGCAGCCUUCGUCUCCGCUUCGGAUUCACAAACCACGCAAUCUUCCGUUCCCAUCUGAUGGCCUUAUGUCUCCCGAGGCUUCCCCAAUGCUAUCGACGAGCGAGUUCAGCUCCCCGGCACUUCCUCAUCACCGCCACCACAGACGGCAGUCCUCGGCUGCUAUCUCGGCAUCGACGGGAGAGUUUGGAGCCAGGCCGCCACCAUCUCCCCGCCUCAGCGCCGUCGUUAGUGCCCCGCAGGCCCGGGCUGUCCCUCCCUCCAUCAAGGAUUUCGAGAUCAUCAAGCCCAUCAGCAAGGGCGCCUUCGGAAGCGUGUACCUCUCUAAGAAGAAGUCGACGGGCGAAUACUUCGCCAUCAAGGUCUUGAAAAAAGCAGACAUGGUUGCCAAGAACCAAGUCACCAACGUCAAGGCGGAGCGAGCCAUCAUGAUGUGGCAAGGAGAGAGUGACUUCGUUGCCAAGCUCUACUGGACCUUCUCGAGCAAGGAUUACCUUUACCUAGUGAUGGAGUAUCUCAAUGGAGGCGACUGUGCUUCGCUCAUCAAGGUUCUCGGCGGGCUGCCUGAGGACUGGGUCAAGAAGUACCUUGGCGAGGUCAUCCUCGGCGUGGAGCAUCUCCACAGUCGAGGAAUUGUGCACCGAGACUUGAAGCCAGACAACCUUCUCAUAGACCAGAAGGGCCAUCUGAAAUUGACCGACUUCGGCCUCUCUCGUAUGGGUCUAAUCGGUCGCCAGAAGCGAGCUCUGCACAGUGGCACCGACGCCGCGCCCGAUCUGCUCAAGCAAGGUCCGUUUGCGCGGUCCUCGUCGCUUACCUCGUCCCGCUCGACCUCGCUGGAUCUGCACGCUGGUCGCAGCCACUCGCCGAUAUCGACACCUCAGAUGACCCCGAGCGACUUGGGGACUAGCCUUGGACCUCCCUCGUACUUCAACCUCGGCGGCCCCCCCCAAGAAUCCCGUCGAGUGUCCGGCCAUCGAAGCGACAGUGGCGGCAGUGAGGCUCUGGCUCACAUGCUAGGCCACUUUUCGCUGAGCGAUACUCCGUCCAACAUGGUAUCAUACGGAGUUCAAUCGCCGAUAGGGGAGCACAGUGAAGGGGAAUGUGGCCAUUCGCCCGACUUCAUGUCGCUUCACCAUGUCGGCUCGCAUAAUAGCGCCGAGAGCGGGAAAGGAACUCCCCCACAGACGAGUAUGCCACCGCCGAACUGGGCUCUCUUCGACCCGGAGGACACCAAUCGGCGAUUUGUUGGAACUCCGGAUUACCUCGCGCCCGAGACGAUCAAGGGCGAGCCCCAGGACGAGACCAGCGAUUGGUGGUCUGUGGGGUGUAUCAUGUACGAGUUCAUCUAUGGCAUGCCUCCCUUCCAUGCAAGCGAAGCCGAACAGGUCUUCGAGAACAUCUUGGCCCGCAGAAUCCAUUGGCCGGAUGAGAGCGAGGACGAGGUUUCUCCCGAGGCGAAAGAUAUCAUCAACAGGCUUCUAUGCACCGAUCCGCAGCAGAGACUCGGCGCCAAUCGCGACGAGAAGUUCCAGUCCGGCGGCGAGGAGAUCCGCAACCAUCCGUGGUUCCAGGGAAUGAACUGGGAGAGUCUGCUUCAGGACGAGGCGCAGUUCGUCCCGCAGCCCGAGAACCCGGAAGACACGGAAUAUUUCGAUGCCAGAGGAGCGACGCUGCAGUCUUUUGCCGAGGAGAUGGAAGACCAGACGUCGCCACCAUCCGCGCCAGCUCCGGACUAUCCCGAUCGGCCACACGAUGCUCUUUCCCGUGUCCGGUCGCAGGUGAACUCGAUGAAGCGGGGCCUGAUGCCGCUUCACAUUCCCCCACACGUGCGAGACUUGAAGACCAGACGCCUGAGCGAGCCGGUUGCCACGGAUGAUUUUGGCAAUUUCGCCUUCAAGAACCUGCCCGUCCUCGAGAAGGCAAACAAGGAUGUCAUCCAGAAACUGCGUGCCGAGGCACUGGCGGCACAGAGUAAACAACAGGCAUCAACCAUCAGCCCGGGCGGCAUGAACAGCCUCACGUCUCCGGGGCCAACGCUUGAGGGCAGUCCCGUCCUCUCCAUGCCUGUGCAGAGGACGCUCUCAAAUGCGAAGGCGUCGCAACGGCCGCAGUCCCCGUCUGGGACUGGCCACACCAACUCGUCGCCUAGCAGGAUCUCCCAGCCGUCCUCCCCUUUACUUGUCUCGUUUGUUGCCGGGCAGGGCACAGAGGGCCGUCGGAAGGCUUCGAGUAAUUCAUCGAGUCUCUCGCAUACGUCCGCACAGUCACUGCAGCCAGGUGGAUUCUUCGAGGUUCCACGGGUUCCGCCAAGCCUGCAGAAAGCAGCGACCACUGUGGCUGCCUCCUCGCCGGUCAAGGCCCGGGGCGCGCCGCCUCCACUGGCCCUUUCGCCGCAGAAGUUUGUUUCUACGCCUCGGCAAUCCAGCAUCUCCGCAGGCAGCCGGUCACGGUCUUUGACCGCCGGCUCCCAGGAAGGAAGUCCCGUCACUUCCGACAUACUGGCCGCGCAUCAUCGGAAUCGUCGCAGCCAGGUCUUCGACAUGUCGCCGUCCUCAUCCGAUAACGAAGGCGAGAAAGCGAACGCGCUGCUCCGCGUGCAGCGUCGCCGCCAGAGCUCCAGGCGCAUGUCUCAGGUUGCGCUCGACGGGCCAAUGUUCCGUACCCUCGACGUUCUGAUCUGUGAGGACCACCCUGUCUCGCGCAUGGUGAUGGAAAAACUUCUCGAGAAGCUACACUGCCGCACCAUCUCCGCGUCGACGGGAUCCGAGGCUGUGCGAUACUCGAUGAGUGACAUCAAGUUCGACAUCAUCUUCAUGGAGUUCAGGCUGCCGCACCUCAGCGGGGCCGACGUUGCACGGAUGAUCCGUGACACCAAGAACGCCAACUCGAACACGCCUCUCGUCGCCAUCACGGCCUACCUCAAAGAGCUGCAGGCGCCGCACUAUUUCGACUCCCUCGUCGAGAAGCCCAUAAGCUCCUCGAAAUUGACCGAAGUCCUAGGCAACCUUUGCCAGUGGAAGCCGGCUUCCCCGAGCCAGACCAAUUCGCUGUCGUUGUCGCUUCCCCACCCCGUACCUUCUGGUCUGAGGCAGGAGAGCCUCCGUCUGGAAGAUAGCCCCACCUCUGGCUCGUCUGGCUGCGCGCAUCGAUCCAGCGGCAGCUUCCGCGAGGGUUCCAUUGGCUCCAGUCUGUUCGGGGACUCGGAAUCGGUCUCCACCGAUGACAUUUCCGUCGUCAUCAGUCGAAAGGUCACGGGGGAUUGGGAUGAGGGCGGCCUCGGUAUUAGCGGCCCCGACGAGAUUCUACUCAACACCAGCGAAGCCUUGAAAUUACCACUCCCCAUACAGCUGGUCACGCAGCACUCGGCACCUGGGCAGAUGGAGCGUUCACCGGCGAACACCAAGACGCCUGUCCCGCGGCGCUCCAUGGAGAAACUCAAGGCCAAGCGGGAGUCGAUUGAGAAGAGACGGCUCGAAGGCAGCGUCGACUCUGCCGAUGACGAGGACGAGGAACUUGGCCUUGGAGCUACCAUGAGCCACAGCAGCAGCGGCAGUGGCAGCGGCAGCGGCAGCGGCAGUGGCAGUGGCAGUGGCAGCGGGAGUGCCAGUGCCAGCGGGAGUGUCAGCGGGAGUAACGGCGGGUCAGCCAGCAGGCAGCAUUACCGAAGCAAAUCGAUUCUGCCUUCAUCGAAGCUCGGCAUCGAGAUGAUGCGGGCGAACAGUCAUGACAGUGUCAACAUGAACAGCUCCGAGAGCACUAGCACCAUAGAACCGACAUCACAGGUGGUUACGCCCAAUCGAGAGUUAGCGGGAGCCUUCCAUAACCCCAUCACGACCCCUGAGCCGCUCUCGCCAAUGAUGGACGAAGACGGUGACACUACCGUCAUCCACGUCCAGACUCCACCGGAGCAGGGGACUUCCGAAGGAGUAUUCAUGACAUUGGCGGACGCAGAGGAAACACCUCGUCCCACGCCGGCGUCAGAACGGGACAUGGCCGACGAUGGGGAACCAACCCCUCGGCCCCCGACCAGGAUAUCGGAAGCCAAGGACUUCCCGUUGAUGGGCGGGUUCUAAGGGCCCUUAAGAUUGGAACACCGAUUUCCCUGCACCACAUACAUGACAGCUCCAAUCGAGCUACCUAGUCAUUUCACCACCAAAACAUUGGGGCUCACUUGUUAAUUUUCUGUUGAUGUCUUUUUUUCCUCAACUUUUAUUUUCUCUUUCUACCUCUUUCCAAUUUUGUCAUUUCCUGACUUCAGCGA